AUGAGAUGGACUGUCCCCGAGUUCCUUACCAAUCUCAGACUGUCGGAUCUUUACAACCACCCUGGUGAAUCCGUGCCAAUGAAUCCGGAGGUCUUCAGCGCAACGAGAGCAGGGAACAAAGAAUUCCUAGUGAAGCUGAGAAGCCAUGGAACACCGGUGGCAUGUCUCAAAAAUGAUAAAGGAGAUUCCAUGCUACACAUUGCUGCAGGUUUAGGUCAUCUUGAACUCGUGGAGAAUAUUAUCUCUGAAUGCCCAUCUCUUCUUUUGGAGCCAAACUGGAAUGAUCAGAUCCCACUCCAUGCUGCUGCUCGUGCUGGUCGUUUAGCUGUUGUUAAGACUCUUGUUUCAUCAAUAGCAUAUUUUUCAGCUAGGUUGUCUUCUGAAGAAGAGAGGGGAAGAUUUAAUUUAUAUGUCCUUAAGGACAUAGAUGGAGAUACUCCUCUGCACGCAUCACUGAAGGGGCCUCAUCUGGAGACCGCUCUCUGCUUGGUAAAUGCGAACAAGCAUGAGUCAUUUCUUGAGAAUAAUGAAGGAUUAUCUCCCUUGUAUAUGGCUGUAGAAGCUGGAGGUCUAGCCAUUGUGAAAGCAAUGUUGGAAGGUCUUGGGAAUAACGUCCAAGGCCAAAUUUCUAACUUAGCCUCAAAGAUAGAAGGGAGGAAAUGGCUUGUGCACGCAGCUAUGAAGGCAAAGAAUAUAGAUGUUAUUGAUGCCAUUCUCAACAAAGAGCCGAGUCUUGUUAAUGAACGAGAUGAAGAAGGACGGACUUGCCUUUCAUUUGGAGCAUAUGUAGGGUAUAAUCAAGGAGUAUGCAACCUGUUAGACCGAUCAACUUCAAGCGUCUUUGAAUGCAACGAUGAUGGUUCCUUUCCAAUCCAUAUUUCAGUAGAGAAAGGUCAUGUGGAUGUUGUAAAAGAGAUUCUAAAACGUUGUCCGGAUUCGAUAGAGCUGCUUAACAAAAAGGGUCAAAACAUCCUUCACAUUGCAGCCAAGAGUGGGAAAGCUAGAUCUUUGCUUUUAAAGUAUAUAAAGAGACUUUCUCUUGAUAAUAAGAAGAAUCAUCUACUCGAAGAGCAAGACGAGGAUGGAAAUACACCUCUGCAUCUGGCCACCAUAAAUUGGCGUGCCCGAAAUGCUAGAGAUCUUACUAGGUUUUCUUCAAACGCCGACAAAGUCCUAAAGAUAAAAAACAGAGAUGGCUUGAGAGCACUUGACAUUGCAGAGUUAAAUCUGCAAUCCAACUACAUCUUCCGGGAGAGAAUGACUUUGAUGGUCUUGUUAUGCGCUUACAAACCAAGCGAUUAUGAAAAGAUACCCAGUAGUGGGAUGACACUAAGAAGCAGAUCAGAGGUUAUAGAUGUUAACAAAUACAAAGACCGUGUCAACGCACUUUUACUGGUGGCAACUCUCGUAGCGACUGUUACAUUUGCUGCCGGUGUUGCAAUACCUGGAGGCUUCAACAGUUCUGGUCCAGACUUUGGGAUGCCAAAUUUGACUGACGAUCCCAACUUCAUCCUCUUUUUGGUAGCUAACAACGUAGCAAUGCUAAGCUCUCUUGUAGCAAUAGUUGCUCUUAUCUGGGCCCAAAUGGGGGAUCCAGAACUCGUUCACAGAGCCUUUCAGACGGCCUUGCCAUCACUGUCCUUGGCUUUAUCCUCCAUGGCGGUCGCAUUCUAUUUUAUCAUGCGUGCUAUAACAAUAGAUCCUUGUGUCCGGAUUCUAUUGCGUUUUGUUGAUGAAGACGAUACUGAAACGCAUCAAACCUCUGGCUCUGGUCAAACCUCUGUGUGA